AUGAUGUUGUCGCCGUUUGACUUUUUUUCUUCUUUUAUUUAUUUAUUUCUGUUGCCUGCCUUUUUCUUUCUUUUAUUUAGUUUAGUUGUUUUUUUUUUUUUUUUUUGCUUCUCUUUUCUUCUGAUGAGCGUGGUGCGCCCGGACAUUUACGUGGACGUGGAGCUGAGGAGAACGCGGGUGCAUUCCCGUGUCAUAAUUAUGGUUGCGGCGGUGCUCCUGGUCGUCAUUCUCUUUGUGGUUUUGGUGUAUUUUUUGUGCCGUUUUUUUGUAAGGGCGCAAUACAGCCAACAGAAGCGUGUGAACUCCGAUUCAACCAACGUGGGGGGCCUGAGGUCAUUUCAACUUAACUUCGACGAUACGGACAUUUGGAAGAGAACCUUUUUUGGGAUUGUUUGCGACAACAAAAAGUACGUUCACAAUGCGGCGACGCUGCAUGCAGUUUACUGUGUGCCGCUGGAUUUGCGGCUCUGCGACCCGCUUUCGAACGACGAACUCUUCAUGGACAAGAAUUGCUUUUCUAGAGCGUGCGAGCGUCGCCGUAUGCUGAAUGAUGUCUUUGGGACUUUCGUCCAUGAUGUGAGGAGGAGGUCGAAUGCUGAGACGGUGUCUCCCAGGCCAAAAUGUCGAGAGGCCUCCGCGACGUUGCAAAGUGGGCCGAAGUCGGAACUUCUUAACAAAAUUUAA